UAUUUUUAUAUAUUUAUGACAUAUGCAUGCGAGUACCAUUCAAUAUUUAUAUGUACAUGAAUUUACAUAUAAUUUAAAAAAUAUGUUUGUGUUGGUUUAGUAUAAUAUAAAAAACACAUAACCGAAUAGUAUUUUGAUGAGGAUGAUUAAGUGUAAUGAAAGACUUCAUUUCUUUUGUGAAAAUGUUUUCAUAAAAUCUUUUAUAACUUAAUUUAAAAUCUUUUAUGCAUGGCGUAUUUCGUGGUUUUGAUAUUGAGAAAUGACAAUUGUAGUGUUGCAGUCACCGUUCAACUCUUCUUUAGUAUUGACCACACAAAAUGUGAAUGACAUAGAACGUCCUGUUGGUAUUGUACCACAACGCACAUUGCCUGCCAUUCAUGAUGUUCCAUCACAAACCAACGUUGAUGAAGGUAUAAUCAGCAGUGAAUAUUGGGACAUUGGUGAUCUCAGUUAUGAUUGUGAACACUGUGGGGCACUGUUUUGGUAUGAUGAAAGAUUGCUGCGAAGUUCUACUAUAGGAAGCACUAAGUAUUCUCUAUGCUGUGGGCAAGGGAAGAUAAAACUAGCACCUCAGAAAGAGCCUCCAAAAGAAUUGUGUGAUUUGAUAAAUGGCACAGAUCAAAAAUCCAAACACUUUCAGGAAAAUAUUCGAUCAUAUAAUAGCAUGUUUUCUUUCACAUCAAUGGGUGGAAGGGUUGAUCAAACAAUCAACAUUGGUGGCUCACCUCCAGUUUUUAAACUUAGUGGUCAAAACUAUCAUUUGAUUGGGAGUUUGUUGCCUGUGGAAGGAAAUGUCCCCAAAUUUGCGCAAUUGUAUAUCUAUGACACUCAACAUGAGGACGUUAAUCGCCUCACCUCGGUGGGGGAUGAGAAACGAAAGAAGAAAUUGCAUGUUGAUAUUGUUUCUACCCUAAGGCAAAUGUUGGAUCAACAUAACGUUUUAGUUAAGUCUUUUAGGAUGGCUAGAGACAAGAUUGCGGAAUGUGGACAUUCCAAUGUUUACUUGAAGUUAAUUGGGCGGAGAAGUAGAGAUGCUAGAACAUACAAUUUGCCCACGGUGUCUGAAGUGGCGGCUUUGAUAGUUGGUGACUUCGAUGAAUCUUUGGGGCAGAGGGACAUAAUGGUCGAAACUCAAGGGGGUGUUUUGAAACGAAUCAAUGAGUUGAAUCCUGCUUAUUUGGGGCUACAGUAUCCACUUCUGUUUCCUUAUGGUGAAGAUGGGUAUAGAGAGGAUAUAAGUUUUUCAGAUUCUAAUAGUAAAAGUACUAAAGGUCGCCGAAGUGUUAGCGUGCGGGAAUUCCUUGCAUAUCGAUUACAUGAUCGUGGGGUUGAGAAUUCGUUUAUCCUCAAAGCCCGGAGAUUGUUUCAACAAUUUGUGGUAGAUGGAUACACAAUGGUUGAAUCAUCUAGACUAACUUAUAUAAGAUUGAAUCAGAAGCAAUUAAGAUGUGCCAUGUAUAAAGGCCUAUCCGAGGCAUUAUUGAGUGGUGAACGAGAUGCUUCUACCCAAGGAAAGAGAAUAGUGUUACCAUCGACAUUUGUUGGAGGAGCAAGAUACAUGGUUCAAAACUAUCAAGAUGCAAUGGCUAUAUGUCGAUGGGCUGGAUAUCCAGAUCUUUUCUUGACUUUCACUUGCAAUCCAAAAUGGCCAGAAAUUGUUAGAUUCCUUUCUGAAAGGAAUUUAAAUCCUGAAGAUCGCCCUGAUAUAAUAUGCAGAGUCUUCAAGAUGAAGUUAGAUGGAUUGAUCAAAGAUCUCCGGCAAAACAAGAUAUUUGGUGAUGUUCGAGCAGGUUAGCAAUUUCUCUAUUCUAAAUGGUUAAUAAACUAAGUGUUCAUGUUAUAUAUUAAAAAUAAUUCAUUACAGUGCCUAUUAUUAUUACAUGCAGUUGUCUACACUAUUGAGUUCCAGAAACGUGGCCUCCCACAUGCCCAUAUAUUGUUGUUCAUGGGAAAUGCAGACAAAUUUACAGCUCCUGCAGAUAUAGAUCGCAUUAUAUCAGCCGAAAUACCUGACGAGUCAAGUGAUCCUGAUUAUUUCAAUGCUGUAAAAAUGCAUAUGAUGCAUGGCCCGUGUGGGAGAGAUGCAAAAAACGCACCAUGCAUGGUCCAGUCUAAAUGUUCUAAGCACUUUCCGAAGAAUUUCAAUGCGCAUACUAACAUUGACGAAGAUGGUUAUCCCAAGUACAUGAGGCGGGAUGAUGGGAAGGAGAUUGUGAAGAACACUAUACCACUUGACAACAGACAUGUUGUUCCACAUAAUAGGUAUUUGUUGAUGAAGUAUGGGGCUCAUCUUAAUGUCGAGUGGUGUAAUCAAUCAAGGUCUAUCAAGUAUCUUUUCAAAUAUGUGAAUAAAGGUAAUGAUCGUGUCACAGCUGCAUUUUAUGAGACCACGAAUAAGGAUGGCUCGGAAAAACCCGUGGAUGAGAUUAAAUUGUACUAUGAUUGCCGAUACGUUUCACCAUGUGAGGCUAUGUGGCGUAUUUUAGGGUUUGAGAUACAAUAUAAGAAUCCAUCAGUUGAGCGUUUGAGCUUUCAUUUUCCCGAUGAGCAAUAUGUAUAUUUUGAUGACGAGGAUGCAAUGACAGAUGUUGUACAACGUGAAUCUGUUAAACAAAGCAUGUUUCUGGCGUGGAUGAAGGCCAAUGAGCAGUAUGCGGAGGCAAAAAAAUUAACUUAUGCCGAAUUCCCUCAAAAGUUUGUUUGGAAGCCAAAAACAAGGGAAUUUGUUCCUCGACAAAGGGGUUUUGCUUUGGGUCGUGUGGCAUAUGUACCUCCAGGAUCAGGAGAAUCUUAUUAUUUGCGAUGUAUCCUCAAUUUAAAGCGUGGUGCUACGUCUUUCGCCGACUUAAGAACUGUUGACGAGGUUUGUUAUGAAACGUAUCGUGACACGUGUUACGCAUUGGGUUUGUUGGACGAUGAUCGAGAGUACGUCGAAGGUUUUACGGAAAGCAGUUUUUGGGCUUCUGCUUGGGGACUUAGAGUUCUAUUUGUAAUAUUGCUACUGGCAGAUACAAUGAGUAGACCUGAAUACGUUUGGGACAAAUGUUGGAAUUUUAUGUCUGAUGACAUUCUUCAUAGACAACGACGAGCUUUGCUACACCCAGACUUAACGUUGACAGAAGAAGAAAUCAAGAAUUAUGCAUUGGUCGAAAUAGAGACAAUGUUAAGAACUCGCGGAAAAAGCCUAAGGGACUACCCAUCAAUGCCAUUCCCCAAUUGCAAUAACGCAACCAUGUUUCAGAAUAGACUUAUUUAUGACGAGUUGCAAUAUGAUAAUGCCGAAAUGCGGGAACAACAUGACAAAUGCAUGCAGAGUUUGAAUGAGCAGCAAAGUGAGGUGUACAAGACUAUUAUGGAAUCUAUUGAAGGGAACAAUGGUGGAGUGUUCUUUGUAUAUGGGUACGGGGGUACAGGCAAAACGUUUAUUUGGAAAACGUUGUCAGCGGCUCUAAGGUCAAAAGGUGAAAUAGUUUUAAACGUUGCUUCAAGUGGAAUUGCUUCAUUGUUAUUGCCCGGUGGAAGAACUGCUCACUCACGUUUUGCGAUACCAAUCAACCCAACUGAGCAUUCCACAUGCAACAUCAAGCAGGGCAGCCCAUUAGCCCAAUUGAUUAUUAGGUCUAAACUUAUUAUUUGGGAUGAGGCACCGAUGACGCAUAAAUAUUGUUUUGAAGCUUUGGACAGAAGUUUGCGUGACAUUCUGAGGGUUGUUGAUCCUCUUAACACUGAUAAGCCAUUUGGAGGGAAGACUAUAGUCUUUGGAGGAGACUUCAGACAAAUCUUACCGGUGAUUACCAAAGGUACAAGACAAGACAUAGUUAAUGCCACAAUUAAUUCUUCAUACAUAUGGCAUGACUGCAUUGUUUUACGCUUGACGAAAAACAUGAGACUGCAAUCGUUGAGUGGCGAUCGUGAUUAUGCUGACUUGGUUGAGUUUGCUGAGUGGAUAGCGAGUUUGGGAGAUGGAACGGCAGGUGGUCAAAAUGAUGGUUGUGCUGAUAUCAAAAUACCAAGUGACAUUUUGCUCCAAAGUGAUGAAGACCCUAUUGCCACAAUUGUGCGCAGUACGUAUCCUGAUUUUGAAGCGAUGCCGACUGACCCCUCAUUCCUAAAAGAACGUGCUAUUUUGGCCCCAACGCUUGAUGUUGUUGACUCAAUUAAUGAGUACAUGACUGCAUUGAAUGUAACAGAGGAGUCCAGGACAUAUUUGAGUUCUGACAGCAUUUGCAAAUCGGACUCAAAUUCUGAUUUUUUGGCUGAUUUGCAUACACCGGAAUUCUUGAAUAAGAUACGUGCAUCCGGUGUUCCAAAUCAUGAGUUGACUCUCAAGGUUGGUACUCCAGUUAUGCUUCUUAGGAACAUUGAUCAUUCAAUGGGCUUAUGCAAUGGCACGAGGUUGAUUAUUACAAGGCUUGGAAAUCAUGUUCUUGGAGCUACAAUUUUAGGAGGUAAAUUUGAUGGUCAAGAAGUAGUCAUACCGAGAUUGACACUAACACCAUCUGAUGCAAGAAUUCCAUUCAAGUUCCAAAGAAGACAGUUUCCCAUCAUGACCUCUUAUGCGAUGACAAUAAAUAAGAGUCAGGGUCAAUCUCUAACGCAUGUUGGACUUUUACUGAAAAAACCAGUCUUCACUCAUGGUCAACUAUACGUUGCAGCGUCUAGAGUUACAAACCGCAAAGGCUUGAAAAUAUUGAUUUGUGAUGAGGAUGGCAAACAGAUCGACCAUACUACAAAUGUUGUUUACAAAGAGGUCUUUCAGAAUUUGUAGUAUCGCUGUAUCUUGGAGCUUCUACAAUUUUUCUG